AUGCUUGACUACCUCUCCCUUAUCUUUGUCGUUGCCGUCAAAGUUUUCAAAAAAACCACCCCCAAUGGAAAAGUUACGGUUUACCUUGGCAAGCGUGACUUCAUUGAUCACAUUGACUACUGCGACCCAAUCGAUGGAGUAGUGGUCGUUGACACCGACUACCUGAAAGGAAGGAAAGUUUACAGCCAGCUCGUGACCACUUACCGCUAUGGUAGGGAGGAAGAUGAGGUCAUGGGAGUCAAAUUCUCCAAGGAGAUGGUCGUUGGUACGGAACAAGUCGUCCCAAUGGUUAACGCUAAAAUGGAACUUACACCAGUCCAGGAGAAGCUUCUGAAGAAAUUGGGACCCAACGCCUUCCCUUUCACCUUCAACUUCCCCGAAAUGUCACCAAGCUCGGUAACGCUCCAGGCUAACGAUGAUGACCAGGGAAAGCCCAUGGGCGUUGAAUACUGCGUCCGCACCUAUGUAGCUGAGAGCGAGGACCAGAAGAGCCACAAGCGAAGCUCGGUUACCUUGGCGAUCAAGAAGCUUCAACACGCUCCUGCCUCCCGUGGACGACGACUUCCAAGCUCCCUUGUGAGCAAAGGCUUCACUUUCAGCAACGGAAAGAUCAGCCUGGAAGUCACAUUGGACAAGGAGAUCUACUACCAUGGCGAAAAGAUCUGCGCUAACAUCAUUGUCUCCAACAACUCCAGGAAAUCUGUUCGCAACAUCCGGUGCAUGGUUGUACAGCAUGUCGAAAUUACCAUGAUCAACUCUCAGUUCAGCCGCCACGUCGCAUCGUUGGAGAGCCGUGAGGGUUGCCCCGUUACUCCCGGAGCUAGCCUGUCCAAGAGCUUCUACCUCGUUCCCCUUGCUCGUAGCAACAAGGACAUUCGCGGAGUGGCUUUGGACGGACACCUGAAAGAGGACGACGUCAACCUUGCCAGCUCUACCCUGGUCACCGAGGGAAAAUGCCCAGCCGAUGCUAUUGGUAUUGUGGUAUCAUACUCCGUCCGCGUGAAGCUGAACUGUGGAACUCUUGGUGGCGAACUGGUCACCGACGUGCCAUUCAAGCUCCUCCACCCAGCUGAGGGAUCAACAGAGAAGCAGCGUUUCAACGCCAUGAAGAAGAUGCAGUCGAUUGAACGUCACCGCUAUGAGAACUCUCUGUACACCAACGAGGAGGAAGACAACAUUGUCUUUGAAGACUUCGCCCGCCUCAGGAUGAACGAGCCAGAAUAA